ACAACGCCCCUCUACCUACUAGCUCAAAGGUUUAGCGAAACUAUUACUUUGGUUCAGGUUAUUCCUCAAGAAAAUCAGAAAAGUGGAGGUUCGAUUUCAAGAUCGAACCUCUUAUUUAUUUAA